AAAUGCAUGGAAUGUGGAAAGAGCUUCACUGAGAGGGGAAAUCUAACUAAACAUCAAAGAACCCACACAGGAGAGAAACCAUAUCGAUGCACAGAGUGUGGAAAGAGCUUUACUCGGAAUGAACAUCUUAAAACACAUCAAAGAACGCACACAGGGGAGAAGCCUUAUGAAUGCAUGGAAUGUGGUAAGAGUUUCAGUCGGCAUCACCAUCUUACUUCACAUGAAAAUACCCACACAGGAAAGAAACCAUAUAAAUGCACAGAAUGUGGAAAGAGCUUCAAUCAGAGUGGGACUCUUUCUGUGCAUCGCAGAACCCACACUGGAGAGAAACCAUAUAAAUGUAUGGAGUGUGGAAACAGCUUCAGACAGAGUUCAUCCCUCACUUUACACCAAAGAACUCACACAGGUCAGAAGCCAUAUAAAUGCAUGGAGUGUGGAAAGAGCUUCCAUCAAAGUGGAAACCUUAAUAUGCAUCAAAGAAUCCACACAGGAGAGAAGCCAUAUAAAUGUAUGGAAUGUGGAAAGAGCUUCCGUCUUAGUGGAUUCCUUGCUUUACAUCAAAGAAUGCACAGAGGGGAAAAGCCAUAUAAAUGCAUAGAGUGUGGAAAGAGCUUCAUUGACAGUGGAAGUCUGACUAGACAUCAAAGAACCCACACAGGGGAGAAGCCAUAUAAAUGCAUGAAAUGUGGAAAGAGCUUUAGUGAGGGCGGUAAACUUAUCACACAUGAAAGAACCCAUACAGGGGUGAAACCAUAUAAAUGCAUGGAGUGUGGUAAAAACUUCAGUCAGAGUGGAAACCUUAGACAGCAUCAAAGAAUUCACACAGGGGAGAAGCCAUAUAAAUGCUUGAAAUGUGGAAAGAGCUUCAGUGAAAGCAGUAAACUCACCACACAUGAAAGAACCCACACAGGAGAGAAGCCAUAUGAAUGUAUGGAAUGUGGAAAAAGUUUCAUUGAUGGAGGAAGUCUAGCUAAACAUCAGAGAAUACACACAGGGGUGAAACCAUAUAAAUGUCUGGACUGUGGAAAAAACUUCACCCACAGUGGAAACCUUAAACAACAUCAAAGAAGCCACACAGGGGAGAAACCAUAUAAAUGCAUGGAGUGUGGAAAAAGCUUCAGUCAGAGUGAAAACCUUAAACAGCAUCAAAGAACCCACACAGGGGAGAAACCAUAUAAAUGUAUGGAAUGUGGAAAGAGCUUCAGUCAGCAUCAUCACCUUAGUUCACAUGUAAAAAUCCACACAAGGGAAAAGCCAUAUAAAUGUAUGGAAUGUGGAAAGAACUUCAGUGAGAGCAGUAAACUCAUCCCACAUCAAAGAACCCACUGUGGGACACGAUCACAUAAAUGUGAGGAGGGUCAAUAGUACUACUUUAAUAUUUAGUAAAGAUUGUGCUCUCAAAUUACUCCAUAAAUGUAUGGAGUGUGGAAGGAACAAUAUUCUUAAUUUACAUGAAAGAAGUGAUAUGGGAGAAAAAUCAUUGAAAUUCAUACCCUGUGGAACAUAAGAACAUAAGAAGAGCCUGCUGGAUCAGGCCAGUGGCCCAUCUAGUCCAGCAUCCUGUUCUCACAGUGGCCAACCAGGUG